GGAAUUAAUCAGAGAUUUCAUAUUUGUAAUUUUUGAACAAUCUUAGUUCUCGACACUGGAUCUAUCCUGCUCCAGCCACGCCUAUUGAUUCACACUCAUGGUAUUUAAAAAGACAGAGCAUAGUCAUACUGGCGCUUGGGCAUACUGUGAUGCGCUUAAAAAUGCUAGCAAUUUCUCAGUCCAUAAUGUUUAAUCCGAUAUACGGCUUCGGAGGGAACUCGUUUGGUCCGAACUACGUAAUCUGCGGCCAUUGCAUCGAUCGUGCAAUCAGUGAUGGAUUAAGUGAAAGGUCUUCACAAUCAUAGGGAAUACAUAGGUUCCCUGAAGCGCCGGGCAAUGAGACCACUAGUUGCGGGCGCUUUCCAGCACUACGAUUCCUCCUAUUAAUAAGCACCAAUCUUGAGAUCCCGGCAACAUCACCCCUUCUGCAUCCAUUCUGAUCACUUUAGGAUUGCUAUGAAAAGGAAGAAUGACUGAUCUCAUAGAUUUUCAAAGCGCACAUCUGUGCUACGAAUAUGUUGACACGGAAUGCCCUGUGAUCGAAAGAGCUUCGGCUGGCGACUUGAACGUCAAUGGCCGUACCAAAUAUCAAUCACCGCGAAACACUGAGUGAUUAGUUUGAACUAUCGGGACUAGAUAGCAACCAGCUACAUUGUCUGUC